GACAAAUUCCUCAAGAGUCGAACACGAGAGAGAGGUCAUGAUACUCUUCAGGGAGAAGAAAAAUAUUCAAGAAGUCACGCAUCGCAAGAUCCUCUCUGGAAAUCUGACAAGAGUGACAACGAAAGCGAAACCGGCAAACAAUUAUUUCCCCUAUGACCAACUUGGAUGACAAAAGUGUCGUGCGUGGCUAUAUAUUUCAGGAAUUUCGUCUGGGAGCUCAUUCUGUUGAAAAGAAAAGUGUUUGUCGUCAAUCAGAUCGAGAUAUUUAUUUUUUUGGUCCACUUUACGAAAAAGAUGAGAGGGACUAUUUUAAAAGUUGUUACAACCCUCAUAUUACUUAAUGGAUUUGCUCAAUGUUCUCCUAAAUAUCAAAUCGAUGGAUUUGUUCCAAGUUCAGUGGAUUACCUGACAAAUUCAGCACCACAAUCUCAGGACCAAUUGGCAGUGGCUUCUCGACGAUCACAAGAAGGAAGUGAUGUUCAAAAUUCCCACACUAAACUCUCACCUUCUGAUACGAAUGAUAUUUCUGAUAGGAAUCAGGAACCUAGAUUUGGAUUCACUAACGUUGGGGGGACAGGAUCCGGCUACGGUGUUUCAUCAUACGCCCCAUCAAAAAUUGACUUAGGAGGACUUUUAUUGGGAGCCGUAAUCGGUAUCGGAACCGUACUAGUAAUUCCAAAAUUGCUUUACGUUCUCUCAGGAUCUUACGGAUCCUACGCGAGAAGUGACGAAGGCGGAAUAAUGCAAACAAUGACAAAAUUAGAUGACGCUUUAUCUCGUCACGGGAUAGACACAACUUCCUGUAUGCAACGCACCGUUUGUUCUUAUUCCAAACGAGCUGCAGCAGUAAUGCGCAAAGCCGCUCUGGAAACCGACGAAACUCAAGAUGAAAUUUCUACCUUAGAUCGAAUGAUAGAUGGACUAGCAACCAACCAAAUUUUAAGAACAGCCCUUCAAGGAACAGCAAUUCAGGAAGCUGUUGAUGCUGGAAGAAAUGGGGAAAAUUGUACUCGGGCUUAUCCGCACUGUGGAUUUUCCUUAGAAACGAUACUUUCUAUAAUAUCUCAUAUAAUGUCCACCACAGCUGCAGCUGAUGCUAUAAAAACCGCAAAAACGACUGCAUCAGCAGCGAGUGCUCAAUGAAUAAUUUUUAAUUAUCUAAUUUUUUAAUUCAUUCCAUAAACGUACAAACCGCCCUGCCCAGCGAGGGACACACCGGCCUGUCCAGCGAGGAGAAAAUCAUGCCUGACCUGCGAGGAGAAGUACCGACCUGUCCCGCGAGGAGAAAUGCCGACCGAAGCCGAUCAGGAAUUUCUCCUAGCUGGAUAGGCCUCAUAAAAAACGAUGCCUUAUUGGACUUCAUUUUCGGCAGGGAAUUUCUCCUCUCUGUGCAGGCCUGGUACAAACAAUGCCUUAUUGGACUUCAUUUCUAGAGACGAAGAAUCAAAAGAAAAAGAAAAUUAUUCAUGACUCAUUCACUAGAAAUAGGAAGCAUAUAUCUUAAGUUAAAAUAUUUUUCAUUUAUUCUGUUAUCAACCUUUGUGAAAUUCUGUUUUAAAAAAAUAAUAAAAACUAGAAGAGUAAACUUUAACGGUUUAUAUUCUUCACUGUACAAUUGUACAUAUUUGUAUUUAUAUGUACAUUUGUAUAUUACACAACGUAUCUACAAACUUUUUCGUUAAUUCUUAUAGAUACUAUUUGGCUUUGUGUUUUUACGCAAUUAAUUUCUAAAUUUAAAUUAUCACAAAAACUCUUGUACUCUCAAAUCCUCAUUCUAGGGUAGCCAUUCAAGAUUUGGAAACGAAUUUUCGGUUUCUACACAUUUUUCGUGGUUAUUUAGAUUCAAAAAAAUUAACGAAUCUAUUGCGGAACAAUUCUAAAUUUAAAGCGUUUAAAAUUCAAAAUCUAACAAAUUCAAACUUAAAGUUGUGCCAAAAAUCAGAUUACUAGAAGAAAUAGUUUUUUUUAUGAUUUUAAAAGUCCAAAUUAUAUUACUGAUGUUAUUUUU